AUGAACCCGGGCAUCCUCUCACAAUUGGUAGACCUACACCGAAUAACAAUGUCUACAUCUUGGACGAGGAUAUGCGCCCUGUUCCUCGGGGCAAAACAGGCACUAUAUGGGCGGGCGGGGCCGGAAUCCGGAAUUUCGAAAGGAUACAUCAACCUUGUGGAACUUACGGGUCGACUCUUCAAGCCGGAUAUUUUCUCCGCGACAGGAUUGGUGUACAAUACUGGAGACUUGGGGCGAAUGCGUUCUGAUGGAGAUAUUGAACAUUUAGGAAGGAUCGAUGACCAAGUCAAAGUCAAGGGAUUUCGAGCAGAACUCGAUGGAAUUACGGCCGUAAUUUGCUCUUCCCCUUCGGUCUCGGUUGCCACCACCCUCUUGGUUGGGCAGGAGAUUGUCUCAAUUCUAGCUCCAGAUACAGCUAACCUCGACGAAGUGCGCUCCAAUAUGCAGGCGUCUCUACCGUACUACGCCAAUCCGAAGCAGUACAUCGUUCUGCCAUCUCUGCCGUUGACACUGAACGGGAAGGUGGAUAAAGCUCGAAUUCGGAAGCUAGUGACACGAGGAGAUGGGGAUGAUACAACGCCCAUCGUCAUGCAGUUCAUCGCUGCUUCCGUCCUCGCAUUGGCCACCUUGGUCAUCGCUGCUCCUUUGGACAAUGAAUCUGAUGCGAUGACUGCCCGCGAAGUCGCCCAAGGCGAUUGGAUUAUCCUUCCCGUUUCUAGGAGCCGCGUGGCGGCUAGUGGCAUCGCGCACGGGGCUGCACAUGCGUUCGGCGGCGUUGUUAACGGGGCAGCUCAAGCUGCUACUGGUGCUGCUCAUGGUGCAGCGCACGCAUUCGACGGUGUUGUUAACGGCGCAGCUCAAGCCACCACUGGGAUGGCUGAUGGUGCAGCGCAUGCAUUCGACGGCGCUGUUCGUGGUGCAGCACAAGCUGCCACUAGUGCUGCCGAUGGUGCAGCGCAGGCAUUUGGCGGUGUUGUUGAUGGUGCAGCUCAAGCCGCCACUGGGAUGGCUGACGGUGCAGCAGAGGCAUUCGACGGCGUUGUUAAUGGCGCAGCGCAAGUCGCCACUGGUGUUUCCGAUGGCACAGCGCAUGCAUUCGACGGUGCUGUUAAUGGCGCGGCAGGUUUCGCCGCUGGGAUGGCUGACGGUACGGCGCCGGCAGCUAGAGGAUUUAUGUGA